AAGCCAUUUAAAUUUUUUAUUCAAUGGGUUCUUCUUCUCAUUCACAUUUUAAUUUUGCAAAGGAUGAUGAUCCACUUUUUGAGUCCUAUUUUGCAAAUUUUUUUGAUAACCAUGAUAUUCAUGGACAACAUUUUGUGAAAAAGAAAAAGAAACGAGAAUUCAUUGAAAGAAACCGGGAAGAAGGCCACAACCGUUUGUGGAAUGAUUAUUUCAGUGAAUCUCCGACAUAUCCUCCCCAUGUAUUCCGACGACGUUUUAGAAUGAACAAGCCAUUAUUCUUGCGUAUUGUCGACCGUCUUACUGCAGAAGAUCCUUAUUUCCGACAAAGAAGAGACGCCACAGGAAGGCUUGGUCUUUCUCCGAUCCAAAAAUGUACUGCAGCAAUUAGGCUACUAGCAUAUGGUGGCGGGUGUGAUACGGUGGACGAAUAUGUCCGACUUGGUGAAACAACUGCUCGAAAAUGUUUGCAACAUUUUGUCAGUGGAGUUGUCAAUUUCUUUGGCGAUGAAUAUCUAAGAAGACCCACACCAGAGGAUCUUCAAAGAUUACUAUAUGUUGCAGAAGAACGUGGAUUUCCCGGGAUGGUUGGAAGCAUCGACUGUAUGCAUUGGGUUUGGAAGAAUUGCUCAACAGCUUGGAAAGGCAUGUAUACACGAGGAUCCGGCAAACCAACAAUUGUUUUAGAGGCGGUCGCGUCAUAUGAUCUCUGGAUAUGGCACGCCUUUUUUGGAUCUCCAGGUACUUUUAAUGAUAUACUUUAUGGUCAAGCUCCACAAGUUACCUACUACGUUAACAGCAGAGAGUACAAUUUGACUUACUAUCUGACAGACGGUAUUUAUCCGAAAUGGCCAACGUUUAUUCAAUCCAUACCACUACCGCAGACUCCAAAAGCAUCUUUAUUUGCUGAGUGCCAAGAAAGUGCCCGAAAAGAUGUUGAGCGUGCGUUCGGUGUCCUACAAGCUAGAUUCGCGGUCAUUAAAAAUCCAUGUCUUUUAUGGGAUAAAGACCAAGUGGGAUUGAUUAUGAGGGCGUGUAUCAUACUCCACAAUAUGAUUGUCGAAAAUGAACGAGAUGGAUACAGUCAAGCUGAGGUUUCUGAUUUCCCACAAGCAGAGGGUGUGGAUCUUUCAUAUUCUAUCAAUAUGAAUUCAAAUAUUAGCAACGUGUUGAAUGGUCAAAUAAUAAUCCGUGAUAGAGAAGUGCAUGACCAAUUGAAACUUGAUUUAGUUGAACAUUUAUGGACUAAAUUUGGAUAUUAAAUAUGUUUCAUG